GGAAAAAAUAUGUUAAUAAUUCUACUUAUAUGUCAAAGUUAACACAAUCCUUUUGUAUUUUUAGUAUUCUAGAUAUGUUUUACAUCAAAUUACAUUCAUACAUACAUCAUUUUGACAUUUUUGAUCUGAAACAUACAUUCGCGCGACUUGACUUAGUCUAGUGCAGCUAGUGAAAUAUCCGAGUGCAAUUUAGUUUUGUUUUUGAGCUGGUCCAACAGCGAGGGAAAAUCUACAGAGGGGAACGCUGUGAAUGCCGCCUCCCCUCCUGGCCGCGUUGCUCUAUGCCCUUCGUCAACCGCAGGCAGACCAAUCAUUAUCUAUGCUGCAAAAUAUUGUACUAAAAGAUCAUAAUAAUUAAAGCCUUAAAUCUAGAUGACAACGAUUGUCACAAAAUGACACACAUCUGUUAGACCAUGUUAGAAAAUUAAAUCCACACCUUUCAACACAGUAAAUUAUGCAAAAUAUUAGAAUUUCCACCGUUAAAAUUUCCAGUAGUAAUGUAACAUUUCAAGAGUAAGGAAAAACUGCUGUCAGACUCCGAUUAUGGACCAUUAUCUUACUACCUAUAGGAAGGACUACCUUUGGCCCAAUUUACCAGGGGCUGGUGGAGGAGGCGCAGCCUUAGCAGAAGUCCCCAAGCUAUCAGGCCAAGAGUUAGCCUUCUACCAAGCAUGCAUGCAGCACACCAGGCCCCCAGACUGUCGAUGUCCUCAAUAUUCCGGGGGAGAGGCUCCGCAACUGCCCCCAGGAAAGGAUGGAGGUUGGAGCAGAAACGAGAUAAUGGGACCUCUUUUAGACCCCAAAUUGUAUCCUGUGAGAGUUGCUGCCAGUCCCGAAACUUCUUCGUCUCGAUAUGAUCAACCUAAUGCUUUUCUUGAUAAGCUGCAGUCAAAAUAUCCUAUGCUGUACAGCAUCCUACAGAACGAAGCAUCUCCAGAACUCAAACAACGUAUUGACAGGGAUCGCAACAAGACCACCUAUCGAGUCGACUACUGUGAGAGUGGUCCAGGAGCUAAAUUUGAUGGGCUCCAGCGAGCAGCAGACGAGAGCGGUACGGGACCGUGUGCGCAGCCGAUGCGUCUUCCCGGUGACCCGUGCCGCGUCGGCCCUAAACCCAGGAUGGCCGGGCCCAGAACCAUGUCCAAGCAAGCUGGAUCUACGGGAGCCAGCGAUUCGAGAGCUAAAUGCGAGACCACAUCAGCAGUGCCUCCCUUGGGUAAAACCGAAUACCAAGAUGGAGUGUCCAAACUCGGCGCCAUCAUCAUGCGGGACAAAUUACAUAGAAAAUAGCAACUGUUUAUGGAAAAAUAUGGUUUAACUUCUGUAAUCUAAGGUGGUCUCAUUUUUAAAGGAAUUCCUAAAUUAUUUCAAAACCGGAAUUUGAGAUCGAUGAAAUAUUGUUUCUAUUAAAAAAAUAUGAUUUAUAUAAUAUAAAUAAUCUAUAAAUUCAUUAACGCUGGCAUCACCUCGUUAGUUCAAAUUAUUUCAAGUUAAAAGAUUUUAUUUUCCUGCAACCUCAACAUGAAUUACCGAUGUUACGAAAGUGUGACCGACCACUAACAUGAAAUGUCACUCAUAUUAAAUCGGUGUUAAAGAAUUGUUAUUUUUACUGCUACCAUUUAAUUCAUAAAAAACAGAAGCAUUUGUAGAUUUUUCAUCAGAGAUGAUGGAUCACCUUAUCUUAGGAAAAUCUCGAUAAGUAUUUUAUUCUCAUUUAGCUAUAUCGAAAGUGAAACAACACACUGAUUAAUAGACGUUUAUGUAUAA